UGGAGGCUGACCGACGGACGGUGGGCAGCCUAUCAGGAGAAAAAAGAAGAAAAAAAAAAAAAAAAAAAAAAACAUGUGAAAGAAGGGGUAUAUAAGAAAGGAACGAGUAAAGCGUAAACUCGACCAGCAGUCAGUGUGAGAACUAACUAUACCAUCUCACCAGCGCAUGGUUACCGUUUUUAUUGGCUCGCCAGCGAGCGGAUGGACAGAGCGAGAGCGGAGCAGGACAGCCUCACCAACGGUAGAUCUCACCGUUCGCCCGGCCGUUUACUUUGUGUCCGUGUCCGUCCGGCAAACGUUGGGGGUGGAAGAGGAUUCACCGGGUAAGCAGACAUAUAUACCAUGCCGACAAGUGAUGGCCCCAGCCGCUUCCCCGUCUUUGUGGCUCCGUCUCACGGCAACCAUCAGAGGUGUCCAGGUUACGUUCCUGGGCGGGUGGCUCCUGCUCGCUCACCACCACCUGCCAAAGCACCACCACCUCCACCGUUAAAACCUCGUGGUUCACCAAGGGAGCAACAAACCACGUUUAGCUUGCAAGAGGAGAGCCAACAAAGGAACCUUGCACAAAGCUUUCAGCAGAGAAAGAACUCUCUAAUCUGCUGUGGUGUGUCACUGGGGACUUUCCUAUUAACACUUAUUCUAAUUUUUAGUCUCACAAGUGGAUAUAUAUUGGAUGAAAAUUGUCCAGAUCACAACCCAUCACUUAGUAGCUGGAAUCCAGGUCACCAACCAGCCAAGGAUGUUGUUGUCGGGAAUGGACAUGUGUUUAGAUUAGAAUCUUCUGCUACCUUCCAUUCACUUACCAUCCAGUCAGGAGGUCAGGUAGUUUUUGCAGACAGUUCUGAUGGCUCCAAAAACAUAACCUUAAGAACACAUCACAUCCUCAUAGAGGAAGGUGGAGCCCUUCAUAUUGGCUCACCCAAAUGUCGUUAUCGUUCUCUUGCCACCAUUGCCCUUAUGGGUCGUUCUGACAACAAGGCUGUCCCUAAGAUCCCAGAUCUGGGCUCUAAGUUCAUUGGUGUUAUGGGUGGUGGAACAUUAGAGCUACAUGGUACUGAGAAAGUUUCCUGGUCCCUGCUAACUCAAAGCAUCCCAGCAUCCGGACUGGCCUCAGGAGGAUAUGCCUUCCAGAAGAACUUCAGCCGAGGCAUCAACCUACGUGUGGUGGACCAGGAUACAGCUGCUGUGCUGUUCUCUGAGCGAUACGACACACAUGAAUCCUAUAAUGACAGCGAGCGGCUCACCCAGCUUCUGCGUUCCCUGCCAGCUGGCCGCAUUGUCACAGUGGCUGUGGGAGACUCAGCUGUUAAAAGUUUUCAAGAUGAUACCAAGAAAGCCUUUAAGGAGGUUCUGGGCAGCAGAUUUGCCUUUCAUCUAAGAUACAGGCAGGCGUGGGCAUUGGUCUCUGUGGUUGGCGGUGGAAAUGCAUCAUGCUCAGAAGAUGUGAAGGAACAUGAAAAUCUAAACACCGGAGGUAGAGCUGUGGCAAGACGUAACUUCACCACUGUGAACGGAGUUGGCUUCUCAGUCACUGCCUACAGCGAGUGGAACAAUGGCUACCCCAUCAUGGGUUUCCAUGUGGACGCUGAAGAUCAGGUGGUGCUAAACCUGCAGGAUGACAUUCAGCAGACCUGGCAACCUGGGGAUAAAGUUGUCAUUGCCAGUACAGACUACUCCAUGUAUCAAGCUGAAGAAUUUACCCUGUUACCCUGCCCUUUCUGUACCAACAGACAAGUCAGGAUACAAGGGAAGCCUCUCUAUAACCACAUUGGGGAGAUCAUUGAUGGAGUCGACAUGCGUGCUGAAGUGGCGCUCUUGUCUAGAAACAUUCUCAUCUAUGGAGAAAUGGAAAACUCUUGCUACGGAAACAUGUGCCAGUUCUACAGGCACGACACUUUUGGAGGCCACAUUAAGAUCUUUGGUAACUUCUCAUCAGUUCAUCUAUCCUAUGUGGAGUUAAAGAACAUGGGUCAACAAGGUGAAAAAGGUCGCUACCCUAUCCACUUUCACAUGUGUGGGGAUGUUGACCAGAGGGGAGGUUACUGGGAACCAACUUUUGUGGACGGACUUUCCAUUCACCACUCCUUCUCCCGCUGUCUCACCAUCCAUGCAACGAACGGCCUUCUGGUGAAGAACACUAUAGGUUAUGACACUCUGGGCCACUGUUUUUUCCUUGAGGAUGGAAUUGAACAGCGAAACACUUUCUACCACAACCUUGGCCUGGUGACUCGACCUGGGACUUUGUUGCCGACUGAUCGCAAUGACACUCUGUGCACCACCAUAAAAGACAAAGUCUUCAAGGGUUACACUCCCUCACCAAGUACAGAGUGCAAGGCAGUCUCAACAUUCUGGAUCGCCAACCCCAACAACAACCUCAUCAGCAAUGCAGCUGCAGGCUCGCAGGAUGCUGGCAUAUGGUUUGUGUUCCACAGCUCUUCCACUGGGGAGUCUCGUGGGCUGGUGCCAGAAACCAAGGCAGAGUUAACUCCGCUUGGAAUAUUUUACAACAAUCGUGUGCACUCCAACUUUAAGGCAGGGCUAUUUAUUGAUAAAGGAGUGAAAACUACCAACGCCAGUGCUUCUGAUCCCCGAGAAUACCUCUGUUUGGAUAACAAUGCCAGAUUCAGACCACACCAGAAUGCAGACCCUAGUCUUCCUCGGGUGGCAGCAGUCAUCGACAAUCUGAUUUCCUUCAAGAACAAUGACUUGGGAGCGUGGAUACGAGGUGGAGACAUCAUCAUCCAGAACUCGGGCUUUGCAGAUAACGGAGUGGGACUGUCUUUUGCCAGUGAUGGCAGCUACCCUAAAGAUGAAGGCGCCAGCCAGGAGGUGAAACAGUCCUUGUUUGUGGGUGAAAGCCAAAACAGAGGAACCAACGGAGGGCAGAAUAAAUACUGGGGAGUCGGAGGGGUUGAUGGAAAGAUGAGGACCCUCCCUAGAAAUAGGACAUUUCCAAUCCGAGGUUUCCAAAUCUACGAUGGUCCAGUGAGGCUUACACAGAGUACAUUUCGUGGAUUCGUCCCCACACCGGAGCGCAAUACUAGUGCAGUUGGAUUCAGCUUGAAGAACAUGUGGCAGCUAACUCCACAAAACAACCUGUCCCAGCUCAGCUUUCACCCAUUUGUGGCUCUGCAAGCAUUCUUUGGUCGUCCUGGACAGUGGUUCGAGGAGAAUGACCUGGACGGUGACAAGAACUCCAUAUUUCAUGAUGUGGACGGGUCAGUAACAGGUUACAGAGACACAUAUGCUGGCCGAGCAGACAAUUACUUGAUUCAACAUCCAGGUUGUGUGCAACUGCCCCAGUGGAAUGGAGUGACCUGCAGUGGGCGCUACUCUCAGGUAUACAUCCAGACACGGGGAGCUCCGAACCUCAGCUUGUCCAUCAGCAGAGAUGAAUACCCUAGUGCUCCACUGGUACUGAGGGGGAUUAACAGCCAGGGGGCAUCAUCUCAGCAGUAUCAGCCUAUCCUGAUGAUGAGCAAGAGCUAUACUCUGCACUGGAAUGGACCUGCACCCAGAGAGGUUGUCCUCUCUCUCAUUAACUUUGAUAAAGAUGACUGGGUGCUGGUGGGACUCUGUUACCCAUCAGACACAACAUUUCAGAUCAUGGCCGAUAUCAACAAUAGGCAGAAAAACACCUUUGCUAAUAUCACAGAGUACGGCACUGUGUCAUCUCUUGCACAGCUGGAGAAGAAACCAGAGGAAAGGAAGUACUUUUUUGACCAGACUGUUGGCUUGUUGUGGCUCUAUCUUCGGGCCCGGCAUGGUCGUGACGGUUACAGCUAUUGUUCAAUAAAAGGCUGCGAAAGGGUGAAAGUCUUGGCCACAACAUUAUCCAAACAAACGUGUAACUGUACAGCUAAAGCCUACCCCAAGUACUCCAAGACUCCCACAGCGGUGGUGCCAAUGCCAGCUCUUAAUACACAGCCCUGCAAAGACUGUGGGGCUCAACAGCUUGUGAUUUCCAAUGAGCCAUGGACCUCCUACCUCCAGACACAAGUGAAGUCUCUCAGCAUUAAAGAGCAGCAAAGAGGAGAUAACAUCUCCUUUAUCACUGUGAAUGAGGUGACCAUGUCCUUCUCUCAGGCUGGGUUUUUCCUGGUCUCAGUGGAUGCCUGUUCUGGAAAAGUCACCAAGAAAACCUCAUUUGCAACAAUGGAUGCCAAAAUGAAACGGCACCUAGAAGCUGAAAUUUCAAAGCAGUCGAUAGUGCUCAUGGCAACCCGAGGUCAGCUAGAAGGCCUGGUGGAUCUAGCGCCACAUCUGGUCUCCUUUGGUGUGGCCAAGACUGCUGAUCUGCACAGUAAAGGGAGUCUGGCUCUGUGGGGGUUCUUCGGUGGUUCUUCACCCCCUCCGUGGAUUUUGCUACAAGCCGGGCAGGCAGAUGAUAUCCUGGGACUGCAGGAGCGCUAUUUGCCCUUGGGUUUAGAGAGUUAUGGUUGUUUGCCACCGGCAGCUCCAACACGCAAAGACCUGGAGCUUUUGAAAAAAGCCACAGGGCUUCAAUAACCAAUGUGAACAACUUGCCUACCCAAAACAACUCUUGCGCACAGAUACACAAACACCCAGCCAGAUGAAUGUGAACUGCUGAACCUUUAAUUUAUUAAUUGUGACAGAGAUUUGUACCAUUUUUAAUGGGUAGAAGGUGUAUUAUUAUGAGUGGGAUGAAUAUUUUUUGUGUUUUGUUUGUGUGUGUUUGUGUUAGUAUGCCAUUGGGCCAUUAAGUCAAUGCACUUUCUUUUUAGAGCUACAGCAAUUUGCCUUAUCAGCUAAAGUUUUUUUUUAAAGAACAGCAGCUCUACCAAUAUCACUAUUUAUUAUGCAGGACAUGAAAAGAGAAUAAAUACAAUUCACUGUGAAAACACAGCAUAAUGGUUGAGAGACACACAGACCUGCAGGGAAUUAUGAAGAUAAAUUGCAUUUUCUCUGAAAUUAGACAUUUGAUUAGAGCUGAAAAUGAAACUGACAUCUGAGAAUCAAAUGCAAUAAGGCAAAAAAUUUAUGUAGUACACAAAAGAAAAAAAAAAAAGAAAAAAAACGUAAUCAAAGCCAGUGGGUUGGCUGUGUUUGUGCGUAGAAUAGCAAAUCCAAAUAAGCCAUAUUCGUACUGAUAUUUAGAAUAAUGUGCAGUUAGAUUAAUCAGGCUGUUUUUGCUUUUCUAACAGAAGAAAUGCCAUUAAAUGUGUUAGUACCGUUUAGGUUUUUCUUUCCUGCUCAGCAUCGGUCACAACUAAACCUUUUCUUGGAAAGCCUCUGAUCAUCGUGCAGCUGUACAACUAAAGACUUUAAGCACCUUUUUUAUGGAUUCCUACAUGGACUUACUGGAUCUUUUCUUUCAAUUAUUAUUUAUCUUUUCAUACUGACGGUCCCUCCAGACUGGCCACAUGUGCAGCACAAAUAGAAUUUACUUUUCCUUUUUUUCUUAAACAGAAUUGAAUGUUUUACCUGUUGUCUGCCUCAUUUAUUAUCCGUUUAUGUGCAUUAUUACCAACGCAGUAUGUUGAGAUUUAAUAACCAGAAGCCUUUUUAUGUAUGCAAACUGCAGUAGUGUGCAGAAAAUGCAUACAGAUCGUAUACCUGCUGAGAGAUAUAAAGCUUAACUUUGAGACUAUAUGAUCUUUGAUGUGUGUAUGGAUGCGAGCAGGGCUCCCCCACUGAGCACUGAGUAUCUGUUUAUGACUGUGUAGGUAUGACAGACAAUUCAUGUGAGAUGGAGGGAUGACAAUAAGCUUGUCGCCUUUUAACCACUCUACUGUUAAAAAGGAACAAAAGCAGAAGAUUUAGUGAUAUUUCCACCUCUUACCUUCUGAUUAGUUGAUACUUUGAAGAUGUAAACCAAUGGAAAACAGAUAGUCUGUGUUGUAUUUACUGUGUGUACUUUUUCACAGUUAUUAGUAAUUGUGAUCUAAA